CCAACUCAGACAGAGGACUGAACUGAAAUUCACGGCUGCUGCAACUGUGUGAGUGUGAGUGUGUGUGUCUGUCAGAGUGUGUGUGCUUGGCUGAACACCCACUCAGUGAUGUAAACCUGAGCAUGGAUUCUGGCAUGUGGAAGAGCAGGUAAAAGAGCUUGAUCGCAAUGGUGGUCUGCAUGGAUAAGAAGAUGUGCCAUGACAGAGGGCAUCGUGGGUAAAAGAGUCAUGCGACAGCCAGCCCUGCACCACUGCCAUCUCUUCCUGGGCGGAGCCUUGCUGCUCCUCCUGGCCGGCCCGGUGCUGUGCUGCCCCGCCCGAUGUGACUGCUCUGCCCAGAGCAAGUCGGUCAGUUGCCACCGCAAGCGCUUGCCCACUAUCCCUGAAGGCAUCCCCAUUGAGACGCGCGUUCUGGACCUUAGCAAGAACAAGCUACGCACUAUUACGCCGGACAACUUCUCCUCCUUCCAGCAGCUGGAGGACCUGGAUCUCAGUGACAACCUCAUCAGCGUGGUCGAGCCCGGCUCCUUCCGCUCUCAGCUGGCUCUGCGUUCCCUGACCUUCCGUAGCAACCUGCUCCAGCUGGUCCCUGCUGGUGUGCUGUCAGGCCUGACCAACCUCACCCGCCUUGAUCUAAGCCACAACCGACUGGUGGUCCUUCUGGAUCAUGGCUUCCAAGAUCUACGUAGGCUGACCUCCCUGGAGGUGGGAGACAACGAGCUGGUCUUCAUCUCACAGCGGGCCUUCACAGGAUUACUUGGCCUCCGCAGUCUGACACUGGAACGCUCCAACUUGACCGUGGUCCCUACUGAUGCCCUGGCACAUCUUCACAGCCUGGUGGAACUGCGUAUGCGGUACCUCAGUAUCAGUUUUCUUAAGCCGUACUCCUUCAAGAGGCUAGCGCGCCUCCGCCAGCUAGAGAUUGAUAACUGGCCUUGGCUAGAUGCAGUGCCGCCCCUCUCGCUACACGGCCUCAACCUCACGACAUUGUUCAUCACUAACACUAACCUAUCUGCCUUCCCCGGCCCAGCACUGCGCAACCUGCCCUACCUCACACAUCUCAAUUUGUCCUACUGCCGCAUCCAGCACAUCCAGCAGGGAGAUCUUGGCCAAUUCCCAUACUUGCUAGAACUGCGCCUACAAGGGGCGCACCUGGUGUCCAUUGAGCCCUUUGCAUUUGCGGGCCUCAAAGCUUUGCAGCUACUGGAUGUUUCACAGAACCGCCUGGACUCCCUAGAGAGGGCGGUGUUCGCUUCACCGGAAAGCCUCCAGAGGCUUUGUCUGGGUGGUAAUCCAUUGGUAUGCGACUGCCGUCUGCUCUGGCUGCUGGAUGGCCACAAACCUCCCUCGCUGCAGCUAUUAGAUGUCCAACCUGAGUGCAGCGCCCCAGAGCGCCUCCUGGGAAAACCCAUCCGUGAUCUGAGGGAGCCUCUGGUCUCCAGAUACAUGACCUGCACCAAGCCACGAAUUGCACCCAACACCACACAGCUGUUGAUGACCGAUGAGGGGCAGCCAGCCCGCUUGAGCUGCAUGGCAGAAGGAGCGCCUCGGCCCUCUGUGGUGUGGGUUACGCCUCAUAGACGCUACAUCACAGCCAAGAGCAGUGGUAGAGUGGAAGUCCAAGCAGAUGGCACCCUGGAGAUUAAGGCGGCAGAGCUGCAUGACAGCGGGGUGUACUUGUGUAUUGCCAGCAACGCUGCUGGCAAUGCUAGCCUAUCGGCGUCUUUAGCUGUUAAAGGCUUGGGCAUUGGCGACAGAUCCCUCUAUAGCAACAGGAGCUCAAACUAUCUGACAGACCCUAACAGCACCUGGGCGAAUGGGACGGUACUGUAUAACAUGACAGUCCCCAUAGACUUAAAGACUAUCAUCAUAUCUACGGCAAUGGGUUGCCUGUCUUUCCUAGGUGUCGUCGUCUUCUGCUUCCUGCUUCUGUUUGCCUGGAGCCGAGGGAAAGGCCGCCACAAGAGCAACUUUGACAUCGAGUAUGUCCCGCGCAAGUCCAACGGAGCAGCGGCCGAGGCGACGGAAACAAGCGGCCCACGACGGGUCAACAUGAAAAUGAUCUGAAACGGCAACAGACGCAUCAACAACACAGUGCACACAUAUCAGCUGAAAAAAUGUUUUCCAUGGCACAGUGGAUUUGUGAAAACCGAAAGUGGUGUAUCAGUCUAGUGGGUGUUGAUAUGAAGGUGAUUUAGUGAUAAAAGUGGACCUGUGAAUAUAAAAGUGAUCUAUGAACCUGUGGACGUGUUUAUAUGAAAUAAUGUUCUCAUAACAGUACACUGAAUAUAAUACUAUAACCAACAUAUCAAUAUGGGAGUGGUAUAGUGCUGCACUAGGCAUGUGUUUCAGUGAUGUGAUGAGUAAUGAUGUUGUCGACUCACCGUGACAUCAAGGUGAAACAAAGAGUCGCUAGGAGUGACAGGGGACACCUUGGGGUGGCAGUGGAGUGAUCAUCGCUGCUACAUGUCAGGACUAAAUUGUCUAAUACCCAUCUUAGCUGCAGUAUGAAAGGUGUGUGUGUGUGCGUGUGUGUGUGUGUGUGUGUGUGUGU